AAAAUUUUCUUUUAAUUAUCUGGAUUUUUGGGGGAAACGUUGCUACUAAGCCGCGGUUUCACAAAAUGUGGGUUGGACUAUUGGAGUAUCGUGGAGGACCAUACGGUGACGUCGGAAACCAAGAUUUUUGGGUCUCAGUAUCAGCACAUCACAGCACAUUCGUUUACGGAAAUAUUGCUCAGACCCAGCCCAACAUCUAUACCCUUUUACUUUCUUCGUCUCUAGUACCGUUGUUGCUAAGAAAAGAACACUCACCGGAGAGGCGGAGAUUCAUGGCGGUGGCACGGCUGAUACGACCUCUGAGGCAAUGGCCGCAAGUGCAGAACCGUUACCGCUCUCUCACAGUGCUCGAUCGCCUCCUAUUCUCAUCCUCACUGGUGACGGUAGCUACUAUAGUCACCUUGCAUUCUUUCUCUUUCGCGACGGAUACUUCCUCUCGCCGGAGCGUCUGUCACCGGUCGCGCGGACUCAGAUUGCCUAAUUCUCCUACGCUGCCUAAUCUCCAAAAGGAAGAUGGCGAGACUGGUGAUUCGGAUACCGAUGGGAAGACAAGCCGCAACCAGAAGAAGCGCGAAGUGGCGGCUCUCGGACAAGAAGUAUUUGAGGCUUUAACGUUAGUGAAGAGACUCGGACCGAAUGUUCGAGAAGGAAAGCGUACGCAGUUCAAUUAUAUUGGGAAACUGCUGCGAGAAGUAGAACCUGAAUUAAUGGAUACUUUGAUUCAAGCUGCGAAUGUUGGUGAUCAGAUAACACUGCAGCACCUAGCUAGUUUGCAGCCGCAAAUCAUGGAAGAUGAGGAUGAUGAUGAGGAAUCCGAAAGUGAGGAUGAAGAUGAGGUAUCACAAGCUCACACCAAUAUUGCAAGUAGAUGGUUUGAUGGCUUGAUCACCUCUCUGCUCCGGAAAAGGAAGAAAGAGUACUUAGAUAUUGGAAAGAGUUAAGACUUGUGCAUAUGAAUUCAUCUAAGCAUUUUAGGCUUGACUCAUUUUAUUAGAAUCCCAACUUAUGUUUCUCAUCUAAAUUUGUCCCAAUUCAAGUACAUGCAUAAUCAUAUUGUGUUUUGAUCUUCUAUUUAUUUCUUUCACUCCUGAACUUAACAGGAACUACGCAAACUUGUACGUAGAGUACACUCGAUGAAAGACAAAAGACAAGGUGUUACUGAGGAAAAUGAUGGGGCGAAAAUAGAUGCAGAAAUAAUGGGUGCCGAGAAGUCCCUCACCCGUUUCCUUGGAGACAUUGCUAGGCAAUUACCAAAUGAAUAACAUCUGAUUACUUGUAACAUUGUCAUUCUCCUGUGCAAUAAGGUAAUAUUGUUGAU